ACACACACAAACACACACACACACAACAUCAGCAUCUUUUCACUGAUGACAAAGAGACCUCUGGGGAGACGCGCUGCGCGUGACCGCGUCCUCUGCAUUGUGCUGCAGGAGACAGAGAGAGAAACAGGCAGACAGACAGACAGACAGGCAGGCAGGAAGGCAGGCAGGCAGACAGACAGGCAGACAGACAGGCAGGCAGACAGGUGUGCCGGUCAGUGUCGGAGGAUGCGCGGGGCGGACAACAGCAGCAGCCCGCGGUGAUCGUGGAGUCGAGAGGCGCAGACCGGAGCCAUGAGCUGCAACUGGGGCACCGAGUUGUGGGACCAGUUUGAUAAUCUGGAGAAACACACCAGUUGGGGAAUCGACUUCCUGGAGAGAUUCACAAAGUUUGUUAAAGAACGAGCAGAGAUCGAACUGAGCUACGCCAAGCAGAUCAGGAGCCUGUCUAAGAAGUAUCAUCCUAAGAGAAGCAGAGAGGACGAGAGCAGGUACACCUGGUGUCUGGCGUUCGCUUCGACGCUCCGUCAGCUGAACGAAGUUGCCGCUCAGAGAGAAGAACUCGCUGAAAACCUGAACUCACAGAUCGUCUGCGAGCUGAUACGAUACAGUCAAGAGCUGAAGACGGAGAGGAAAACGCAUUUCCAAGAUGGCCGCCGCACCCAGCAGCACAUUGAGAGCUCAUGGAAACAGCUGGAGUCUAGUAAACGGCGGUUCGAGCGCGACUGCAAAGAGGCGGAGCGAGCUCAACAUGUCUCCGACAGAAUCGACCUUGACAACAAGACGGACGGAGAGAAGCGCUGCUCACUUAAGGCUCGUCAGGCGGCUCAACACAAACAUCAAGCUGCCGAAGAGUCGAGGAAAGACUACGUGACCAGUCUGACCCAGUUCAACCAGGACCAGCACCAGCAUUACCACACACUGGUUCCAGUUAUAUACCAGCGUAUCCAGGACAUGGAGGAGCGGCGGAUCGAGAGAAUCUGCGAAGCGUUGCGUUCAUCGGCAGAAGCGGAGAGAAAAGUUCUACCUGUUGUGACCGGCUGCCUGGACGCCAUGAUGGACGCCGCUGAGAGUGUCCAGCCCCGGAUGGACACCCGUCAGGUGGUGGAGGUGUAUAAAUCAGGCUUUGACCCUCCAGGUGAUGUAGAAUUUGAAGAUUACAGCGCCACCAUGAGGAGGAGCAUCUCUGAGUCCAGUUACCUUGACAACAGGACUGAGGGGCGGAGACACAGCAGGAAGUUGUGGCCCUUCAUACGAAAAAAUAAGCUGUUGACCCUCCUUUCCUCCCCCCGUCAGCCCCCCCCUCCACCCCCAACCUCACCUUCACCAGGGGGUGUGGCAGACUGCCCCCAGUCUCCACCCUCCUCUUCAAGAGAACCAAUCACACAGCGGCUGAAUGACCUCAUGACCUCUGGCUCCAGAACCAGGAAGCAAUGUCUGCGCAGCCUCAAGAGAGGGCUGUCACUCAAACUGGGCUCCAGUCCUGCAGACUGCAGUCACCUCCCUCCUGAACAGAGACGCAAGAAACUUCAGACGAGAAUCAACAACAUCAACGAGGAGAUUCAGAGAGAGAGGGAGCAGAGAAACGCUCUGUUGAAGAUGAGGGAUGUUUAUGAACAAACUCCUCAUCUGGGCGACGUGAGCAGUUUGGAUCCUCGACUGGAUGAAGUGAAGCAGAAUCUGAAGAGACUGGAGGAAGAGCUGAGGACCAACCAGGCGUGGUUGUCGGAGGCCGACAGCAGACAGUCUGAUCACAGCAGUAGAAGACAGAGUGGAGGUUGUGGGUUGAAUUCCCAGGUGACGACUCCAGGCUGCAGCAGCCUGAAGCAGCUGGAUGACCGCAGCCCGGCUAGCAGAGAAAGUCCUGACGGCAGCUACACUGAAGACCACAACGCUGAGCUUCACUUUAAGUCUCGCAGUUCAGAGUUUGAUGAAGACUUUGACGAUGAAGAACCUUUACCCAGCAUCGCCAGCUGCAAGUCUCUUUACCCUUUUCAAGGUCAGAAUGAAGGAACUCUCUCAAUGGUGGAGGGAGAACUUCUUUCUGUCGUGGAAGAAGACAAAGGCGACGGCUGGACCAGAGUACGGAGGAAUCUGGAGGAGGAAGGAUACGUCCCCACAUCUUACAUCAAAGUCUUCCUGGACAGCAGUGCCAAAGGCCUUGUGCAGAAUAGUCGUCUAGUCUAGCACAGUAAUCGGCCAAUGAGGACAUCCCGCCACAGGACGUGAUGUAAAGGAAAGAGCUCAGAGGAAGUGUGGUAACAGCUUUUCAUUGGACAGUUAAACUCUUCAGAUAUAUCAACCAAUCAGCUGUCAGACGUUUGUUGAUAUGUGAUGGACAAUAAAAACAAAUCAGAGAUCAGAUAUUAGACAUGUACCAAACUCAGAUCAGAUAUCAGACUGGUCCCAAACUCAGAUCAGAUAUUAGACGGGUCCCAAACCGAGAUCUAUUAUUAGUCCUAAACUCAGAUCAGAUAUUAGACGGGUCCCAAAGUGUCAUAAUAUCUUAUCAAACACAAAGUUGUACUGUAAAGUUUCUGUAGAGUGUUAUUGAUAUCCAAUCAGUUGCCAAUCUUUAUUAUUGAUCCACCUGAACACUGACUCUGGCUUCAGACUUAGUUUAUCAAUCAGUAUCAAUAACAAAGGAAGUGACGCAGUUUACACUGUAAAACGUCACAACACAAUGAUUUGAAAUCAUUUUGAAAAUCUGAAUUUUAUUAAUUAAUUUGUAACUUUUCUUACGAAAUUAAAAGUUUGUGACAUUUUGUUUUUCAGAUUCACUGACAAACUGAUCUGAGAUCAGUUCCACUUUAUAUCAAAACUUUCAAUGUUUUAACUUGAUGUAUGAAAAUGUAAAAUGAUGUUGAGUUGGCGGACCUUAGGGCAGUGAUUUCACUGUGUCCUUGAUGUGUCUGUCAUCAUAGUGACAUCACUGUGAUGUCACAGAACAGUUCUGAUGUCAGAGUGUUCACCUGUAAACCUACUCAUAUUAACUCCGCCCCUGGAUUAACCAGCCUGUAUUAGCCCCGCCCACAAUAAUAUUGAUUCCUUGUGUGAAAUGUGAAACAUUUUUAUUGUGAGAUAUUGAUCAGUAAUUUAUUAUUAUUUUUUAUUGAGAUGUGAGACAGCUCAUCUAGCUCUUUUCAACUUCCUGUAUGUUAAACUUUCAAAAUAAAGUUAAUUCUGAAUCAGU